AAAAAUGACUAGUUCUAGGGGAAACUUUUACGAAGAAGAAAUCGACGACGAUGAAUUCUUAAGACAUCCUAAAUCUGGAACAGCAGGAUACAUGCUACCUCAGACCAAUCAAAAUUCAAAUCAGUUUGGAAAUCAAAGAAACCUGGGAAAUCAAUUUGGAAAUCAGUUUGGAAAUCAGGGAAAUCAGUUUGGGAACCAAGGAAAUCCGUUUGGUAAUCAAGGAAGCACUCAGGAUCAGAAUCUUGAAGCUCAAAGACAAGAGUUACAAAUGAGACGUCGCGAAAUAGAGAUGUUAAUUUUGUUUAGAACAGAACAGAGACUUGAUGAUAUUAACUCUACACUUAGAAACAGUGAAAAGCAUAUUCAGGGGAUACGAAGUGUGUUUGGAAGUAUAAGAAACUAUUUUUCUGGACGACCAACUGCCACAACAGCUCCUGCAGGGGGAUCACCUCUUCCACCUCUUCCCCCUUCACAAUCCGCCCCUCAAUUCUCGUCUGGGGGACUAGAAACCCUUCAUCAGGAUCCCGGAUACCAGGAUCAUCAUCCAGGAUUAAGGAAUAAGCCUGGACUAAUGGAUAAACAACCAGUGGAUGUUGAUGCUGUGCUAGACAAAAACCUUGACGACAUGGCUAUGGGAUUGGCUCGACUAAAAGGUAAACUAAUAUAUUUGUUUUUAUAG